AUGAUGUUUUCGAGAUAUAUGCUACAAAAACUACAGUGCUGCAGUAUUCAGUUUCAAAAUCGAUUCGUUUCAUUUGGGCUCUCCGAUACACAGCGUAAAUAUCGCGAUAUUGCAAUGAAAUUUGCAAAGGAAAAAAUCAUGCCUGUGGCAGCUCAUUACGACAAUACUGGCGAAUUUCCAUGGGAUAUUGUAAAGGAAGCACACCGAAUAGGUCUCAUGAAUCCACAAAUCCCUAAAAAGUAUGGUGGACUAGAAUUAACAUGUUUGGAAACCACUCUAAUAGUUGAAGCAUUGGCUUACGGUUGUUCUGCUAUUCAGCUUUGUAUCAUGGGACCAUCGUUAGCUGUUGCUCCUUUUAUCAUAGCCGGAAACGAAGAACAAAAAAAAAAAUAUUUAGGAAUGCUUGCUGCCGAACCUAUUAUUGCAGCUUACUGUGUGACAGAACCGACAGCAGGCUCCGAUGUUUCAGGUAUUAAAAUGAAGGCAGAAAAAAAAGGGGACUCGUAUGUAUUGAAUGGUACUAAAGCUUGGAUAACUGGUGGUGGACCAGCUAAAUGGUUUUUCGUACUGGCAAGGACGGAUCCAAAUCCAAAAGUACAACCAGGAAAAGCAUUCACCGCCUUUAUUGUUGAUGGAGAUACGGAAGGAAUUAGUAGGGGAAGAAAGGAGCAAAAUAUGGGGCAACGAUGUUCGGAUACACGAACAAUAACAUUCGAGGAUGUUGUAGUCCCGAUGGAGAAUAUUCUCGGUACACCUGGUGCAGGUUUUAAAGUAGCAAUGGAGGCAUUUGAUAUGACCCGUCCUGCUGUUGCAGCUGCAGCAGUUGGACUUUCUUGGCGUGCUCUCGAUGAAGCAUGCAAGUAUGCAUUAGAAAGAAAAGCAUUCGGAGUGCCAAUUGCUAUGAAUCAAGGAAUAUCGUUCAUUUUGGCAGACAUGGCAGCAAAUUUGGAACUCGCUCGGCUAAUUACAUAUCGCGCCGCGAUGGCUGUCAGCAAUAAAGCAUGCUUUUCUUAUUACGCUUCGGUAGCUAAAUGUUUCGCUGCUGAUACUGCUAACAUCGCUGCAACCAAUGCCGUACAGAUUUUUGGAGGUAAUGGAUUCAGUAAGGAAUAUCCAGUAGAAAAAUUGAUGCGCGAUGCGAAAAUAUACCAAAUUUACGAAGGUACAAGUCAAAUACAACGAAUCGUUAUCUCGCGCUAUAUUCUACAGAAAGUUGCAAAUACAGGAAGCGCUUCUUGA